GGUUUGAAAGUGGGAAAAGAUGAGAGAGAGGGAUGUCGUGCAUGUGUGUGUAUGGGGCAGUGUGUUGAGUGUGUGCCCAUGUGCAUAGUUCAAACUAGUGGGAGCCUUCCCAGUGGAUGUUAUUCGUAUAGAUCUAUUUUGUUAAAUUCUAAAUGCUAACCCUAGUCGGUUGAGCAUCAAAUGGCGACCGAAGAAGCAGUGGUUGUGGCGGUGGAGUCUGUUCCUGAUCUGCCGCUGGUGGUGGCGGCGGAUGAGGCGGCGGAGGUGGAGCAACCGACUGCAAAGUCGAAGAAGGCGAAGGAGCCCAAAACGAGGAAGCCUAGGAGCCCUCCUUCUCAUCCCCCAUAUGUUGAGAUGGUUACGGAGGCAAUUGUGACAUGGAAGGAGAAAAAUGGAUCGAGUCAGGACGCGAUCACGAAGUUUGCAGAGGAAAAGCAUAAGAAUCAUCCGGCGAACUUCAAGAAAUUGUUGUUGUUCCAUUUGAAGAAGCUAGUUGUAUCUGGUAAACUUGUGAAGGUGAAAGGCUCGUUCAAGCUUCCUGCAACUCGGCCUUCUGUGCCGAAGCCUGUUGCUAGUGCUCCAGUGAAGAAGAAGCCGGCUCCUGCGAAGCCGAAGACUGUGAAAGUGACGUGGCUUUUGUUGGAAUUGUAUUGAAGAAGCUCAUCGUCCUGUGGACUGUGGCACUGUGUCAAAGUGGAUUUUGAAGAACAGCGCAGAAUCUGAAAACAUGAAUUGGAUACUAGCUAAUUCCAAGCCUUGUCCGAAGUGCAAGCGACCAAUUGAAAAAA